AUGGCCGAAGACGAAGAUAACGACAAGAAGAAAAAAAAGAAAAAUGCUUCCAAAUAUAAUUACACUUUUGGCGACAUUCAUCCAGGUGUUGUGAUUGGCCACAAGACGUGCAAUCCAUUUUUAAAGCCAGGCUAUCCGGUUCCUGCAGAAAUGGGCUGGUUAUGGGAUGCGCCAGAUAUACCAGGAUAUAAGCCCCGUAAAGGUUGGCAGCCGGGCGUGAUUGGAAAAAGUGUUGCGAAAAUGAUGACGUUUAAAUGUCCUCGUGGUGGUCAAGAUAAGAAUGCUAACAAAAAGAAAAAGAAGAAAGGUCGCACUACGGGUGCUGACAUGGGGGGAGGGGACUCGGAACCAGAGGAACCUCUAGAACCAAAACCGACUCUAAAAGUUCAGAGAAAGGGCGACGUAUUUACAAUACAGGUAAACCCAUUAAAAGAUUUGACGGAAAUCGCACCGAAUGAAGAUCCAUAUGUCGACUGUGAUCCUAUGAUAUUUAAAAUUAUAAAAAAGAGAAGCCCGGAGGAGCAAGCCAAAGUAGAGGCAAGGAAAAUGGUUAAACUAAAGAAACAGCGUGAUGGUGAAAUCCGAAAGGCCUUAGCUGAAGCCGUAGAAGAUAUCUGCAAAUGUGCUUAUAUGGACGUGUAUUGUAAUGAUCUGACAGCUAUUGAUAGAGUCAUAGACAGCUGUCCAGCAUUUAAAGAACCAGAAUGUGUUUGCCAAGAAGAAUCUUUAAGUUCCUUGUCGAGUAAUGCAACUUGGGAUAUAGAAUAUACACCACCCUUCGGUUGCUUCGAUUUGGCUCCGAGGAAACGAAAGAAUUUUAUUCACGUUGAAACCCAGUAUAUUCCCACCGAUGCAGGAAUAGUUGAACCGCCAAAGAUAAAAUGUAAAAAGUCCUGUACAUCUAUCAAGCCGAAAAAGAAACAAUCAAAGAAAGUCUGCUGCGGGCCAUGUUCCUAAUUAAUUAAUUAAUUGAAUAAUAUAAAAAGUCUUCUGUUU